AUGUUCAACCAGUCCACCAACUUCAGCAUCGACAAUCGACAUGGCGGGAAGCUCAUCAAUGUGAGCGGCGACUACAUUCACUACGAAGGGGUCCCAAAUUCUUCAUCGACAUGCUCUCAUAGCCCCGACCAUGGUAUCAGCGUACUACGAAACCACAUCCUCGCGAGCGCGAUGCACGACGCGGACGAUGAAGCCGAUAAUUAUGUUCCCGGAUGCCAUAAAGGGACAAGAACGAAAGUGCAAAACGACCUGUUGACCUGGAUUUAUGAUUCAGGUGAACCUCAAGCUGUCGACCUUGAAGAUGUCCAGUCGCCGCCUCCUUCCAGCUCAACCUCGACCAGGAUAGCCUGGCUCAAAGGUCCAGCAGGGUCGGGCAAAUCCGCCAUAAUGCGUUCCCUGGCGGAGACCUGUGAUGCUGAAGGGGGGCUGGCUGCGUCCUUCUUCUUCUCUUAUCGCUCGGGCGAGCGCAGUACGACCAAAGGGUUCAUCGCCACAUUGGCGUACCAGAUUGCACAGAAGAUACCGGAUGCGAGGCGGUUUAUCUCCGCUGCUAUUGCGAGGGACGAGGCGGUCUGCUCGAAGAGGUUGGGGAAGCAGUUGGAGUUGCUGGUUGUUCAGCCUGUGCAGGAAGCCUGGGCUUCUCGGUCUCCGUAUGACACUUCUCAAUGGCCCAAGGUCAUCUUCAUAGAUGGGUUGGAUGAGUGUUUAAAGGAGGGACAUAAACUGGAGAUUCUCAGGUCAUUGCACAGCGCCAUAGCCAUCCAUCAACUUCCUUUUUCCAUCGUCAUUUCGAGUCGUCCUGACCAACCGAUGCGGGACCACUUUGCUGAGAUUGCGGCACGGGAGUUUGUACUCGAUGAGCGGUACAAGCCGAGCCUCGACAUUGAGCUGUUCUUUCGCGCUGAGCUGGAGCGUAUUCGGCGCAAGUACAAGAUCGAGGAUGUCAAUUGGCCAGCGGAGGAGUCGAUCCGGCGACUCGUGGUGAACGCGUCGGGCCAGUUCAUUUAUGCGACGACUGUGUUGAAGUUUAUCGACGAUCCCAAUGAGUAUGAUCCUCAAGGACAGCUGAAGAUAGUCCUUCUCGCAAAAGCUAGGCCACUUUCUUCUACUGCAGCACCGAGGGGAUAUCGCAACCCCCUGGCCCACCUUGACGCACUCUACUCCGCCAUCCUCCACCGUUGCCCGAAUCCUCGACUUUCGGCACUCGCUAUCCGCCUUUUGAACAGCAUUUCUCAGUUUCGUGAAGAAUACACGAGGGGAAAGACGGGUAUUAAUAUCAUUCUCCCGAGUCUGAUGGGGGAGGUGGCAAACCGGUUUCUGCAGUAUAAAGCGAGCGACGUGGAGAUGCUGUUUGGAGGCCUCCAUUCGCUUGUGCAUGUACCUCAGCGGGGGACUGCGGACUUGUAUUACUUCCACCAUAAGUCCCUUCUCGACUUUUUGGAGGAUAGGGAGAGGUGUGGACCUGAUCUGUUCGUAUCGGAGGAUACGGUCAUGGUCAAGGCUGCCCUGCACUGCCAAAGGUGGGCGAGCGCUCGUCACCACCAGGUGUCCAUCGACAAAGUACCCCCGGGCUGGGUGUUUCCUUAUGCGAGGAGGAUCAUCUCAACUGCUGUGGUCGGUAAAGAUUCGAAUUUGGACUGGUGGCUUGACUAUCUCUUCUCGAAAGAUGCACUCAAGCUGUCCACGGUUCCUGUGCAGGAAGCUUUGUAG